AGAGAUUUGGUCGAGUUAAAAUCGAAAAGGGGAAAAUCGUAAACAUUCGCUUGUCCGUUCGUUGCCAAGUUUGAUCUGGAGCGCAUUCGUUUCGACUCCGGACAUUGAUACUCUUUCUAGCUCUCGCUAACCAGGAUUCAUCCCUAACGACUCGACUCACACUCGUUCGACCAUCGUUACUAUUCAAGCUUUCCAGUAGUCGCAGAACCGUGGAGGGUUUUAUCACGAGCUUCACAAGUAUUUUUCAAGCAUCAUAAUCUACAUUGCUACCGUACAGUCGUUCUCGAUCCAAUACCAUGCGCUCUUCACUGCUUCUAGCGCUAUGCAGCGCUACGCUGUCAUAUGCCAUACCGACAGUUGAGGCAGUCGGCGGCAAGUUUUUUACAAGUGAUGGCGAUCAAUUCUUCAUAAAAGGAGUUGCUUAUCAACUCACCGAGAAGGACCCGUUGGUCGAUACUGAGCAAUGUAAGCGGGAUGCCUCUCUCAUGAAGAAACUGGGUGCCAACGCCAUUCGUGUCUAUCACGUCGACCCGAAAGCGGACCAUGACGGUUGCAUGUCUGCUUUCGCCGACGCUGGUAUCUAUGCCAUGGUAGACAUGGAUACCUUCAACACCUACAUCUUGCCCAAUGAUCCGUGGUGGAACCAAACCCAAUUCGACGCCUUCUCUAAAGUUAUGGACACAUUCCAUGACUAUGACAAUCUACUAGGCUUAUUUGUGGGAAAUGAGAUUAUCGCCAUCAACAAUCAAUCGUUGGCCGCACCGUUUAUCAAGGCAAGCGCUCGUGAUCUGAAGGCAUAUAGAGACUCGAAGGGAUACCGCAAGAUCCCAAUUGGUUACUCUGCUACUGAUAUUGCGGAGCUUCGACCUUGGUUACAAGACUAUCUUACCUGUGGAGGAAACUCGUCCGAGAACAUUGAUUUCUACGGCUUGAAUUCAUACCAAUGGUGCGAUCCCACCGACUAUCAGACCUCGGGUUACGCCAACCUGCAAGAGCAGGCUAAGAACUUUCCCGUGCCCAUUUUCUUUACCGAGACUGGAUGCAAUAAGCCUGGUCCGCGAUUGUUCGACGACCAAGCCGCUAUAUUCGGCCCCGAAAUGGUGAAUGACUGGAGUGGAGCUAUCGUGUACGAAUGGAUCCAGGAAGCCAACGAAUACGGUUUAAUUUCGUACGGUCCCAAGGUCGACCCUACUGUCACUGGUAAGGAUAUCGUCGGUGGCUUCACACGUGCAGGUACCCCGACACCUGUCAAACCUGAUUUCGACAACCUCAGCAAGCACUGGGCGAGUAUCACACCCACUGGAGUUCCCAAAUCAGAAUACGACACGAAGUCGGUCUCGACCCGUGCUUGCCCAACUUCAACCGCCAGCGGAUGGCUUGUUAAUGGCAACGUCGCCGUCCCAAGUUUAGGAGCAACGCUUACCGCCAGCACUUAUUCGUCCGUGCCUAGUGCUACCGGUACGGCUGCCGGUGCUGAUCCGUCAGAAACUCAGAAUGCCGUCUCUGGAUCGAAGGAGAUUGCCGGUAUGGGUGCUGGCCUUGUAGGUGUGAUGAUGGUAUUUACAUUAUGGCUUUAAUUCAACUUCAAUUCGAUGGAAAGAUUCUAGAAGUACAACUUUUUUCGAUCCUGACGUUCCAUUCCGCCGUGCCUUCCCUUAAUUAAUCCUACACGGGAGGUUUUAUGGUCGGCACUAUUCGUCAGGUCCUACCUAAUUCUUCCU